GAUGUGAAACUGUCAGCCGAAGUGGAGCCGUUUAUCCCACAAAAGAAAGGUCUGGAAGGAGCGCUGGUCACCAUGAGCUUGUCUGGAGGAGAAGGAGGGGGGGGGGUAGAGCCCACCCCAAUCCCCAGCUACCUCAUCACCUGCUACCCUUUUGUCCAGGAGAACCAACCCAACAGACAACAGCACCCCAUGUAUAGCGGAGGAGGGGACCUGCGCUGGCAGCAGCCCAACCCCAGCCCAGGUGGUCCGUACCUAGCUUACCCCAUCCUGUCCUCCCCCCAGCCUCCAGUCUCCAACGACUACACCUACUACCAGAUCAUGCCUGCACCCUGCCCCCCCAUGAUGGGCUUUUACCAGCCCUUCCCAGGAACGUACGCCGGGCCCCUGCAGCCUGGCGUGGUAAACCCUAUAUCAGCUGACGUCAGCGAGAGACCGGCCCCUCUCGGACAGGCGUUUGGACUAGCUAAUCAGAGAGGUGGGAGGGGCAUGGUCAGACCUGCCGUUCUACCCAAGUCUAUGUUCUAUCAGCAGCAGCAGGUGGGGUUGUGUCAGUCCCUGAGGGCCAGAAGGCCCCCCAUGAGGCCUGUAGCUGUCCAGAAGGAGGUGUGUUCCUCUGGGCCAGAUGGACGGACCAAGACAGUCCUACUCGUGGACGCUGCCCAACAGACUGACUUCCCAGGGGACAAUGCGUGUGGUCGUGGUGCGUCGGAGCGGGCCAGCCCCCUGCUGUGGAAGAACCUUCCCCGGAGAAGGCGGGCCUCGCACCCUGCCGAGAGCUCCAGCGAGGCGGACAUCGACAGCGACAGCGGAUACUGCAGCCCCAAACACAACCAGCAGGCCCCGGGGGUUACGCAACACAAUGCCCACGCUGCUAUAGCUCCUACGGGAGUGGAUGCAGGUGUAAUGACAGCGGUAAGCUGGGUGAACGUAGCGUCUCAGGCCUCUCAGAGGCCGUGGUCAGACAACAGGACCACCCCGUUCCAACGGACAGGGAAGACCCCUGAUCAGAGGAACUACUCGCAGCAGGACUUCCAUGCAGGGUACUCAGGGGGGCGUGUCUGUUCUAACCCCACCCCCGCAGACAGUAACAGUGGUCUGCAGCAGAGACGGCUCCAGCCCGGACUGGGCCCUGGGACGGUGCUUGCUCCUGAGCCACUCUACUUUGAGGAUGAGGAUGAGUUUCCAGAGCUGGUCUCAGGAGGGGCACAGAGGAACAUCAAACCAGACCCUAACCCUUCCCAGAACCAACACCAGACCAAACUAACCAAGAACCUGCUGGAUAACCUUCCAGAGAACUCUCCCAUCAACAUCGUCCAGACCCCCAUCCCCAUCACCACCUCCGUCCCCAAGAGGGCCAAGAGUCAGAGGAAGAAGGCCCUGGCCGCUGCCCUGGCUACAGCGCAGGAGUACUCUGAGAUCAGCAUGGAGCAGAGGAAACUACAGGAGGCACUGACCAAAGCAGCAGGGAAGAAGAGUAAGACUCCAGUCCAGUUGGACCUGGGAGACAUGCUGGCUGCUCUGGAGAAACAGCAGCAGGCCAUGAAGGCUAGACAAAUAACCAAUACUAAACCACUGUCCUUCACAGUGGGUACAGCAGCCCCGUUCCAUGGUUCAGGGCAAGGUGCCGGGUCGGGAGCAGGGUCAGGUAUAGUAUCAAUGUUGAAGGCCCAGCAGGCCCACUCUGCCCCCCUCAACAUGCUGGACUCCAGCGCUCCACGCCUGAAGAGAGGGAAGGAGAGAGAGAUCCCUAAAGUCAAACGACCCACCGCCCUGAAGAAGAUCAUUCUGAAGGAGCGUGAGGGGAAGAGGGGGAAGGGGGGUGUUGAUCAGAUUGCUGCCAGCCAGGAAGAACAGGGAGAAGAGGAGCUACACUUCACUGAUGACCUCACACGGGAACCUGCCUCUCAGGAGGAGAACGGUCUGAGCGUGCCCAGUGAUGACGCGUCCCUGUCCCCGGCCAGUCAGAACUCUCCGUACAGCAUCACGCCAGUUUCCCAGGGUUCCCCUGGCUCCUCUGGCAUCGGCAGCCCCAUGGCCUCUAACGCCAUUACCAAGAUACACAGCCGCCGCUUCAGAGAGUACUGUAACCAGGUGUUGAAUAAAGAGAUAGAUGAGAGUGUGACGAUGCUGCUGCAGGAACUGGUCCGGUUCCAGGAGAGGGUUUAUCAGAAGGACCCCAGCAAAGCCAAGACCAAACGCAGACUGGUCAUGGGCCUUAGAGAGGUCACCAAACACAUGAAGCUCCACAAGAUCAAGUGUGUCCUCAUCUCACCCAACUGUGAGAAGAUCCAGGCCAAAGGGGGUCUAGAUGAGGCUCUGUACAACGUCAUAGCCAUGGCAAGAGAACAGGAGAUCCCGUUUGUGUUUGCUCUGGGUAGGAAGGCUCUGGGACGCUGUGUCAACAAACUGGUGCCUGUCAGUGUGGUGGGCGUCUUCAACUUCUCUGGAGCAGAGGGUCUGUUUAACCGGUUAGUGUCUCUGACGGAGGAUGCUCGUAAGUCCUACAAGGACAUGGUGUCAGCGCUGGAGCAGGAGCAGGCUGAGGAGGCGCUGAAGAACGUCAAGAAGGUCACCCACCACAUGGGCCACUCCAGGAACCCCUCCGCUGCCUCUGCUAUCUCCUUCUGCUCCGUCAUCUCUGAGCCCAUCUCUGAGGUCAACGAGAAGGAGUACGAGACCAACUGGAGGAGUAUGGUGGAAUCGUCAGAUGGGCUGGAGCCUGUGGAGGCUAAACCCAGCCAUCCUGCUACUUCCUCUGGGUUGCAGAGAGACAACCAGCCCUCCUCCACCACCACCAACCGCAGCCCUUACUCCACUACCCUCCAGCUCAGAGCAGCCGUCCCUGCUCCAGGCUCAGGCCCGGGGGAGAGAGAAGAGGGCCGGGCAGACGACCGGUUGGAGCUGGCCUCCCAGCAGAGCACGGAGACGGGCAGUUUGGAUGGGAGCUGCAGGGACCUCCUCAACUCCUCCAUCACCUCCACCACCUCCACCCUGGUCCCCGGUAUGCUGGAGGAGGCAGAGGAAGAGGAGGAGGAGGAGGAAGAGUACACACCAGAGCCCAUCUCUGUGGAGGUGCCUGCGGUCAUCAGCCGUAUUGAGUCCUGGGUGUCUAAGACGCUGGAGAACCUUCAGCUGGGGAAGAGCCAGGACAGCACAGAGGAAGAGGAGGAAGAGGAGGAGGAGGGAGUGCAGAGUGAGGAGGAAGAGGAGUUGGAUUCUGCUGAUGUCACAGAGACUGGGCUGGAGAAGAUGGAGGCCAAUAAUAUCACUGGCUGAUUAGACCUCAUUCAUCCCUCUUUCUCUUUUUUGUUUCUCGCUAAAUUCGCUCUGUGUACACUCUGUCGCUCCAUCUGUGUACACUCUGUCGCUCCAUCUGUGUACACUCUGUCGCUCCAUCUGUGUACACUCUGUCGCUCCAUCUGUGUACACUCUGUCGCUCCAUCUGUGUACACUCUGUCGCUCCAUCUGUGUACACUCUGUCGCUCCAUCCGUGUACACUCUGUCGCUCCAUCUGUGUACACUCUGUCGCUCCAUCUGUGUACACUCUGUCGCUCCAUCUGUGUACACUCUGUCGCUCCAUCCGUGUACACUCUGUCGCUCCAUCUGUGUACACUCUGUCGCUCCAUCUGUGUACACUCUGUCGCUCCAUCCGUGUACACUCUGUCGCUCCAUCUGUGUACACUCUGUCGCUCCAUCUGUGUACACUCUGUCGCUCCAUCUGUGUACACUCCGUCGCUCCAUCUGUGUACACUCUGUCGCUCCAUCCGUGUACACUCUGUCGCUCCAUCCGUGUACACUCUGUCGCUCCAUCUGUGUACACUCUGUCGCUCCAUCUGUGUACACUCUGUCGCUCCAUCUGUGUACACUCCGUCGCUCCAUCUGUGUACACUCCAUCACUUGUCUUCCUCACCCCCCCUUCACACCUGUCCCCCUAACCUGCACUCUUUCACCUUUACCACCCCCCCUUCACACCUGUCCCCCUAACCUGCACUCUUUCACCUCUAUCACCCCCCUUCACACCUGUCCCCCUAACCUGCACUCUUUCACCUCUACCACCCCCCCUUCACACCUGUCCCCCUAACCUGCACUCUUUCACCUCUACCACCCCCCUUCACACCUGUCCCCCUAACCUGCACUCUUUCACCUCUAUCACCUCCCCCUUCACACCUGUUCCCUUAACCUGCAAUCUUUCACCUCUACCACCCCCCCCUUUACACCUGUCCCCCUAACCUGCACUCUUUCACCUCUAUUACCCCCCCCCCUUCACACCUGUUCCCUUAACCUGCACUCUUUCACCUCUAUCACCCCCCCUUCACACCUGUCCCCCUAACCUGCACUCUUUCACCUCUAUCACCCCCCCCCCUUCACACCUGUUCCCUUAACCUGCACUCUUUCACCUCUAUCACCCCCCCUUCACACCUGUCUCCCCCCCCUUUCCCUCUUUCUCACAGUUGAACCAGCAACUCUUCUCUCUGUCUGUAACUUUGGACUUCAGACAUUAUCUCAGGAAUCAGACCAUACACAUACACACACACACACACACACACACACACACAGGCAGUCCACACACACACAGAUGGGCAGUCACACACACAGACCAACCUGCAAAUUACAGACAACAGUAUCUCUCCUGGUCUCUCUGAUGGACUCCUGUUCCUCUCAUCCUCCUCUCACUGAUGUGGACCUGGAACAACUGCCUCAGCUAAACUGGUCUGGUCGGUCUGGCAUCGACUGGUCUGGUCUGACAUGGAAUGGGCUUGACUGGUCUGGUCUGGCUAAGGGAAGCCUGGUUCCCUUCCCACCACUCCAGGUUUCCCCAGGAUAGGAAGAGGCUGUGAGGAGAGGCUUCCCCUCUGUCUGUAUGACGCAGAACCCUCCAGAUGAUAGACCUGUCAGUGAGACUGCUUACAUCAGACUAACUAGAAGGGAACUCUCCCUCUGUCUGUAUGACACAGAGCCCUCCAGAUGAUAGACCUGAGACUGCUGACUACAGACUAACUAGAAGGGUACUCUCCCUCUGUUUGUAUGACACAGAGCCCUCCAGAUGAUAGACCUGAGACUGCUGACUACAGACUAACUAGAAGAGAAGUCUCCCUCUGUCUGUAUGACACAGAACCCUCCAGAUGAUAGACCUGAGACUGCUGACUACAGACUAACUAGAAGAGAAGUCCUGUCAGUGAGACUGCUUGCAUCAGACUAACUAGAAGGGAACUCUCCCUCUGUCUGUAUGACACAGAGCCCUCCAGAUGAUAGACCUGUCAGUGAGACUGCUUACAUCAGACUAACUAGAAGGGAACUCUCCCUCUGUCUGUAUGACAGAGCCCUCCAGAUGAUAGACCUGUCAGUGAGACUGCUUACAUCAGACUAACUAGAAGGGAACUCUCCCUCUGUCUGUAUGACACAGAGCCCUCCAGAUGAUAGACCUGAGACUGCUGACUACAGACUAACUAGAAGAGAAGUCUCCCUCUGUCUGUAUGACACAGAGCCCUCCAGAUGAUAGACCUGAGACUGCUGACUACAGACUAACUAGAAGAGAAGUCUCCCUCUGUCUGUAUGACACAGAGCCCUCCAGAUGAUAGACCUGAGACUGCUGACUACAGACUAACUAGAAGGGAACUCUCCCUCUGUCUGUAUGACACAGAGCCCUCCAGAUGAUAGACCUGAGACUGCUGACUACAGACUAACUAGAAGAGAAGUCUCCUCUGUCUGUAUGACACAGAGCCCUCCAGAUGAUAGACCUGAGACUGCUGACUACAGACUAACUAGAAGAGAAGUCUCCCUCUGUCUGUAUGACACAGCCCUCCAGAUGAUAGACCUGAGACUGCUGACUACAGACUAACUAGAAGAGAAGUCUCCUCUGUCUGUAUGACACAGAGCCCUCCAGAUGAUAGACCUGAGACUGCUGACUACAGACUAACUAGAAGAGAAGUCUCCUCUGUCAUCCCUGGGUUAUUCAUAGUGGAGGUCUGGUGGUUCAGUCCAAGCAGAAGGUUGCUGAGCCCCUGCAGGGCUGAGAGUUUACAGCUAUAAGUGUGUGUGUCUCUGUCCCAUCAUCAAGACUUAUGUUACAUUGUUGUCAUCCUUCCCAUGUUUCUCUGUCUCCCAAAACCGAUCUAAAACCUUGUUAGGAUUACAAAAUUCCCCACUUUUCCAGGAAUCCCAGUUGGAAAGUUCACAGAAUCUGUUGGGAAUAAGCAGAAAAUACCUAAUCCUCCAACCUUGGAAUUUCGGGAAAGUUGCUGUAAUUUGCAAACCUACAGGAUGUGUUUCUGACAUUAACCAUCUCAGUAAUCAUGUAUUAUUUUCACUGGGUGUGAUUUUAAAGGGGCAUAUCACCACCUUUUAACCUCAUAGUCAUUAUCUCCAGGACCAAACCAAUGUCUACUAAUGUGAAAAUGGCGUGUUAAAAAAUUAUGGCGUGUCCCUUGAAAACAUGAAUGAUAUGACAUGUCACAUGAUAUAUACUAACAGUAACUGAAGCCAGAACAAAUGUCUGAUGUACAUAACCUGUAUAGCUGUUUCUGAGACUCUUUAACCUGUAAUAUUGAUGAUAAUAUUGACAAGUGUUCAUCUGUUUGGGGUUGUUUUCUGAGUGGAUUGUUUGUUGUUGUUGCUAGCUGACUUCUGUGUUUUACUAUAGCCUCUGGUUUCAUUUGGUUUAGGUCCCAGUCCAUUGACCGGUGGCAGUGUGGGCCUGUUUGUUGGGGUGGGCAGGUAAAUGUACUGUAACUAGCUAUUAUCAGAGACUAUUUGGGUUUGAAGCUGACAGGUAGUCUAACUUGACCCAGGACAUGUGACUCACUGGUAACAGAGGGGUCAAAGGGAGGAGCCACCACAGGAGCCUCUGAAUAUUCAUGAAGUAAUUAUCCACCUCACCAGUUAUAACCAUGUAAAUAAAAUGUGAACAAUUAAAAUGUUUGAACUACAGUGUAUUAAACACCCCAAUCACCUUUUUCUUAAAGCCAUUUGAUAUAAAACAUCUGCAUAAGUUGAUGAUGUAAUUUGAUGGGAAAUGAUAGAAAUCAAGUCAUGUAUUAUUAGAUGGAGGAGGAUGCCAUGUAUAGGAGUGGCAUGCUGGGUCAUAUGCAAUAUGAAGGAAGGAGGGGUGAGAGGGAGUUGUGUAAUAAAUAGACAGUCAGGAGUUGGUCAAUUCAUUUUCAAUUCAGGAAGUGAAUUGAAAUUCAACUGACAAAAAAUGUAAUUGAGAAAAAAAACACAUGUCAAUUGAAAACUGACCAUGUUUUAUAUGAGGAUUAUAUGAAUGAGUUGAAUUGAGCCCUUCCCUGAUACAGGUGAUAACGACGGUGUGUCUAGUACUAAAAUGUACGCUGGCUGUGUGCAGGUUUCUCAGUAACUAACUCUCAUCAGUGUGUUUUGCAGCCAUGACAACCAGUGUGUCCUUUGCACUAUGUAAAUACCAUAAUACUUGUAACAACCACCUGGUAACUAAUGUCAAAACAACAUGGUUGAAUGAAGUAGCUUUUCUUUUCCCAGUGUGUCCCUGGUCGUUCUAUGUAGGUGUGCUGUCUCUUUCUGACUGUACAGCAACAGUUCUCUUCUCCAUCUGGACUGAUUGUCAUUAAAAUGUUCUUUAAGUAAACUACAUACACUCCUGUC